GGUGAAGAUUAAUGGAAAUUUAAAAAGAUGGUUUGGAACUCUCAGCCAUGUGGGACAGAGGAUUCUAUCACUUUCAAACAAGGGAGGAUCUAUGAAAGAAUAUCAAAUAUUACCUGCAGUAUUUAUUUCUGCACCACCUACAGCAGACUGGAAUGGUAUUGCUAUUCUGUGAUUAUACUCUGCCUUUUAGUUUUGCUAAUAGGAUUUCUGGGGAAUGCAUUCACACUGUUCUACUGUAUUUAUACUGUGAAAUCAUGGACCACUAGCAGUAUAUUUUUGUUCAACCUGGCCUUGUGUGAUUUCGCUUGGAUCCUCUUGACUCCCUAUACAGUUUAUUACCAAUUACACAACCAAGCAAUCUGUUCUUCCCAAGUAUUCUGCCAAUUCCAAAGAACAUUCUUUGACAUUAAUAUCUAUGGAAGCAUUUACUUUCUCACACUAAUCAGCUUUGACCGGUAUAUAAGUGCUGCCCAUCCCAUACAUUCUUUAAAAUUUUGGAAUAAGAGCAAAGCUACCCUCUGCACCAUUACUGCCUGGAUUUUCAUUUUGAUAGAGUCCAUUCCAGACUUUUACUAUACAUUUGUGGACCAAAAGCAAAUGGAGUCUGCAGCUUGCCUGGAAACAAUCGGGGAACCCCUGUACUUUGUGGUGCCUUUUACAAUUGCCAGAGUCCUAUUUGGAUUCCUUAUUCCCAUUACUGUAAUCUUUACAUGCUACGCACUGACUCUUAAAGCCUUGCGGAAAAUGAAAAAAGGCCAGCAAACAAGAAACAGUAUUAUAAAGCCCUUAGUGUUGGUUUUAUCUGCAAUGAUUGUUUUUGCUGUAGCAUUUAUUCCUUACCACAUGAUGAUGAUGGCAGUACUAAUUUUCAGAAUGAAAAACCAACUCACCUCAGAGAAUAUAAGCCUGGUAUUUACCAUGUAUAAGCUCACUAAAAUCAUUUGCACUAUCAGUAGUUGCCUAAACCCGGUCAUUUUUAUGCUUACAAGUAAGAAAUUCCAAGAAAAAAUCAAAACUAUCAAGUGCUCCCUUAAACAGAGAUGGCUUUGCUGCCAAUCACAUAAAGUGGGCAAUACUACAGUUGAACUUUGA